AUGGGGGCGUGCGAGGACGACGACUCAGAUGACGAGGCCAUGCCCUACUUGAUCCCCGUGUAUCCGAAGCAGGUCGAGUUUACGGUCCAGGUGAGCGGCGAUGUCGUCCAGGCCAACGUGGCAGGCGCGCGGCCGCCGCAGUCCUCGACCGAACCCAGUCUGGAGGAGGCGGCCGCGGGCGCCUUGUGGCGGGACACCACGGCCGCGGAUGCGCCGCGGGAGCCCAUGAAGAUCUGCUGGAAGGCCAAGGAGGGGCGGGGGACGCGGAGCUCGAGAGCUGGCAGAGCAAUCAGGACUGGCAGGGCAGGCUGUCGGACCCCCGGGCCCUCUGCGCGCCGGGUGCCAUGCCGCAGCAGGUGCCGGACGGCACCGACCCCUACGAGGAGGAGUUCGGAUACCCGAAGUGGCCGGAAGAGAUGA